AUGACUGAUGAGGACAAGCACAACAGGAAGAGAGUUUUCUCUUUGUUGUAGUAGUAAAUAUCUCCCAUCUUAUUACAUUCAGAAUAUGACAGAGGAGCAGGGCUGAGCUCCAGGUGUGACUUGGAUCCAAAUAACGCUGAUUCAGUUUAUGCGGAGUGAAGGUUUUGUUUCACAGCGGUACGUGUUGCUGUCUUGCACGAAGAAACCGAACUCCAAUACAAAUCUGCCCCAUUGAAGAUAAUCUUGAUUAUCAGGCGAGGGUCAGAGGUCACCAUGGGGUCAGCAGUGGAGAGGACAGAUGAACAUGUGAGAGAGUAUCUGAUCUACCGCGGUUUCACCAACACUCUGAAAUACCUGGACAGCGAGAUCAAAGCUGACAAAGAGAAAGGCUUCAGGGUGGAUAAGAUCAUCGAUCAGCUGCAGCAGUUUGUCCAGAGCUUCGACCUGUUUGGUUUGAAGGAGUACUGGCUUUACCUGGACAGACGUCUGUUCUGCAGGCUGGAGGACGUUUACAGAUCAACAGUAAACAAACUGAGAACCAGCCUGUACAGAUACUACGUCAUCAACACCAUCCAGAAAGGAAACCUGGAGAAGACUCAAGAGUUUUUCCAGAAGCAGGCGUUGGAGCUGCAGAGUCAGAUUGAGUGGCGUGAUUGGUUCAUUCUGCCAUUUAUCCCCACACCCGAGCAGAACCCAGCCUUCUCUCCAUACUUCUCUCGACAGUGGGCCGACACCUUCCUGGUUUCACUGCACAACUUCCUGUCAGUCCUCUUCCAGUGUAUGCCCCAGCCGGUCCUGUUGAGUUUUGAUGCUGAAGUCCAGAAGAUGACGGGCCUGACAGAAGAGAACGAACAGCUCCGCCAACUGCUGUUUGCCCUGCAGACUGAGAGUCGGGACCAGAGAGAAGGAGACGAGAUGGUCCACCACAAGCUGCCGGUGUACGUCCAGAACAUGGACCGUCUGGGAGACACUGAGCUGGACUUGGUGUCGAGCCAGCGCCCUGUCAGCACUGCCACCACUCCUUCCAGAAACUUCUUCUCUACAUUCCUGCCGCAGGGCAGACGCACGCCGGGGAAACCCCCUCAGCCUACCACCGGGUCCUCGCCAAGCCAGGUAGCAGUGGGUAGGAAGGACCUACCGACCAAUCCGCCUACAAAGUCAAAAGAGGCAGUCCAAGCUAAGGAGGUGAAGCCAGUUUCCAGCCAGGCAUUAGCCAGUGAACCUGCGAGCUCCCAGUCCCAACAGUCAACAAACCAGUCAACAAACCAGCCAUCCCAUCCCAGACACAAGAGAAUCCAGGACCAUGAGAAAGAGAGGAAGGAGCUUUUCUCCAAACCACCACCACAGACACCAGAGAAGAGAGGGGAAGCAGGAGAGGUAGAGCCUUCUGCUGAGACCUCCAGCGAACCUUCUGACUCCUCCUCAAACAGUAGGAGCGGAGGAGGAGGAGGAGGAGGAGGAGGAGGAGCAGAGGGAGGAGGUCUGUCAGCUGAACAGCCGUUCAUCAAACUCAGUCAGGAGGAGUACGGAGAACACCACUCCUCCAUCAUGCAUUGCAGGGUUGACUGUUCUGGUCGUCGGGUUGCCAGUUUGGACGUAGACGGAGUCAUCAAGGUGUGGUCAUUCAACCCCAUCAUGCAAACCAAAGCCACCAUCAUGUCCAAGUCUCCUCUGCUGUCUCUGGAGUGGGCCACCAAACCAGACAGACUGUUGUUGCUAGGCAGCGGUGUUGGCACAGUGCGGCUGUACGAUACGGACGCCAAGAAGAAUCUUUACGAGAUGAACAUUGAUGAAACUCAUCCACGUAUCUUGUCUUUAGCCUGCAGUCCCAGCGGUUCGUCGUUUGUCUGUUCAGCUGCAGCUCUCAGUCGAUCAGGAAGUGGUGAAUCUGCACCUCGACUCCCUAUUCCGGUGUCUGGACAGCUGCUGCUCUGGGACACAAAGACUGUCAAACAACAGCUCCAGUUUUCUUUAGAACCUGAACCAGUAGCCAUUAACUGCACAGCCUUUAACCACAAUGGAAACCUGCUGGUGACUGGAGCUGCCGACGGAGUCAUCAGACUGUUUGAUAUGCAGCGAUAUGAGAGUGCUAUGAGCUGGAGAGCUCACGAUGGAGAAGUUUACAGUGUGGAGUUCAGCUACGAUGAAAACACCGUCUUCAGCAUCGGAGAAGACGGCAAGUUCAUCCAGUGGAACAUCCAUCGUUGUGGGGUGAAGCAGUCGGAGCAGGUUUUAACUCAGGAUGCCACGGGGCCCUUCAUCCUGUCAGGAUAUAGUGGAUACAAACAGGUUCAGGUUCCUCGAGGUCGACUCUUUGCUUUUGACUCUGAAGGCCAACACAUCCUCACCUGUUCCAGCACCGGAGGACUCAUAUACAGACUGACCAAUGGGGAGCCAGCGCUUGAGAGUGUGCUGUCACUGGGUGGGCACAAAGCACCGGUGGUGACAGUCGACUGGUGCUCGGCAGUGGACUGCGGCACCUGUCUGACCGCCUCAAUGGAUGGGAAGAUUAAACUGAGCACACUCCUGGCACAGAAAUCCUGACUGAUGACCUGAUAAACCUGAGGGGCCAGAGGUCGUCAGAGUUUAUAAUAAACUGGAUACGUUUGCUCAGUUGCUGAUGAAGAUUAUUCCAGAAUCAUAAUGUUUCAUAAUGUUACACAAUAAAAAGUCACUAACCUGUUAUAAAUUCAUAUUAACAUUAAAAUCCCACUGAAAG